GCAUGGUUUAGUUACUUGACGGAAAAAGGGUGUUUGUAGUGCACAGAGUUGUCGGCGCGCUUGGAAGAUGUCUCCGUCUGUGUUCACGUUUAACGACGCCAAAGAUAAAUUUACGGCUGCAACUAGAAGUGCGCUGGACAGCAAAACCACCAAACCCAUAAUAACCACGUUCAACCAGCUCCCUGGGAACGAGACAGAGAAGAAAACCACACUUGACCAGGCUCUGCGUGGGGUCCUUGAGGCAGAAAUUGUCAAACAGAAGGGCAGCUGUGAUGACUUCUUGUCUCUCAUUGACCUCAGCAUCGAUAGCGUCACAGAAGGAAUUUGCUCUGCAACCACACCGUUCCUCCUGCUGGGUGAUGUGCUGGACUGCCUGCCUCUUGAUCAGUGUGACAAGAUUUUCACUUUUGUUGAGGAAAAUGUCUCCACAUGGAAGUCUAACUCUUUUUAUUCUGCAGGGAAAAACUACUUGUUAAGGAUGUGUAAUGAUCUUCUCAGGAGGCUGUCCAAAUCGCAGAACACUGUAUUUUGUGGCCGGAUACAGCUGUUCUUGGCUCGUUUGUUCCCUUUAUCUGAGAAGUCUGGCUUGAACUUACAGAGCCAGUUUAACCUGGAUAAUAUCACUGUCUUCAACAAAAAUGAGCAGGAGAGUACUCUUGGCCAAAAGCACUCAGAGGAAAAAGAGGAAGGCAUGGAGGUAGAAGAGGGAGAAAUGGGUGAUGAAGAUGAACCUGCUCCAUGCUCCAUUCCCAUUGAUUACAACCUGUACAGAAAAUUCUGGACCUUACAGGACUACUUCAGGAACCCUGUGCAGUGCUAUGACAAGUUCUCUUGGAUGACUUUCCUCAAGUACUCUGAUGAGACAUUAGCAGUGUUUAAGAGUUACAAGCUGGAUGACACACAAGCCUCAAAGAGAAAGCUUGAGGAGCUGCGAACAGCUGGAGGGGAGCACGUGUACUUCGCCAAGUUUCUCACCAGUGAGAAGCUGAUGGACCUCCAACUGAGUGACAGCAACUUCAGACGCCACAUUUUAGUACAGUAUUUAAUCUUGUUCCAGUAUCUGAAGGGUCAGGUCAAGUUCAAAAGCUCCACUUGUGUUCUAAAUGAUGACCAGUGUUUGUGGAUGGAAGAAACUACCAAAUUGGUCUACCAGCUGCUCAGAGAAACCCCUCCAGAUGGGGACAAAUUUGCCACCAUGGUGGAGCACAUCUUAAACACAGAAGAAAACUGGAACUCGUGGAAAAAUGAAGGGUGUCCAAGCUUUGUAAAAGAAAGGCCAGCUGAUGCAAAGCCCAUACGGCCCACCAGGAAGAGACCAGCUCCUGAGGAUUUCCUCGGCAAGGGCCCUGAUCGCAAGAUCUUCAUGGGAAAUGAUGAGCUGACGCGACUUUGGAACCUCAACCCAGAUAACAUGGAGGCCUGCAAGUCAGACAGCAGGGAGUUCAUGCCAUCUUUGGAGGAGUUCUUUGAGGAGGCCAUUGAGCAGGCUGACCCAGCCAAUAUGGUGGAGGAUGAGUAUAAGGUGGUGAGAAAUUCCAACUAUGGAUGGAGGGCCCUACGACUGCUCUCUCGGAGGAGCCCACACUUCUUCCAGCCAACCAAUCAGCAGUUCAAGAGCCUGGCUGACUACCUGGAGAGCAUGGUCAUCAAGUUGGCCAAGGAGCUUCCGAAGGACAUCCCAUCUGAAGAAAUCAAGACGGGUGAGGAGGAAGAUGAUGACAAUGGUGACAAUCUCCUUAAAGAGACCAAUGAUAGCCCAGGGAUCCAGCACAAACUUGUGUCAAACCAGCAGAUGGAUGAGGUUGCAGCUAAGCUUGGCUCUCAGUGGAAGUCCCUAGCCUCCCAGCUGGAGAUGAAGGCAGCAGAGAUGCGGGAGAUUGAGACAGAAAGUGAAGAUGUGGAUAUGCAAGCCAAGCUCCUGCUGGUUUCCUGGCAGGACCGAGAAGGCACCCAGGCUACUGUGGAGAACUUGGCCUCAGCCCUCACUGCAGCAGGAUUCCCUAAAAUUGCAGAAGCCCUCACCGAGACAUAGGAAUAGUUAUUUUUCUCUUUGAAUUGCAACACCAUUGCUGUCUGUUGCACUUUGUUGAAUAAAUGUUUUGUAAGUUGUCCACAGGAAAUUUU